UUUCCCAAUUCCUUUCCAAAAUUCACAUCUCCUUUUGUUUCCUCUAUUUUUUCUGUCUCUUGUUCUCUCUGCUCCAUUUUCUUGAUACAGUUAGGUAGGUCUGCUCACCUUCUUUUUGUCAGGAUUCUACUGCUACUUCUUCAGUUUCAAAAUCCAAGAUUUUAUUCACACAAAAAUCGUUAAAAAAUCUUCAUUUUCAACCCCCAUAAAACCACAAUAUUAGAACCCCAAAACUUAGAGUCAAAAACAACUUCACAUAUUUUCUCAACUGCCUUAGCUUCUCUUGUCCUUUGUUAAUUCAAGAAUGAGAACUAUUAUGGCUAAGAAUCCUCAUGAGUCAUUCUCUUUUUCAAGAAGAUACUUCAACUUUAAGAAAAAAGUUGAAGAUGAAGAUUAUGAUGAUGAAGUUUACUUAACUAAUUUCCACUCUUCUUCGCAAAGAGAAGAAGAGUUGAAUAUGCAUUCGUUGUCCCUGUCAGGGACACCGAAUGCACCAAGAAGUAAGAAACUGUCACGCUCGACAGUUUCUAUACUUCGUUCGGCUCUUACAUUUGGUAAGAGCCGAACACAUUUUUCGUCAGGGCUUGGUACUAAAGUUGUUGGUACUUUAUUUGGGUAUAGAAGAGGACAUGUUCAUUUUGCAUUUCAAGAAGAUCCAAAAUUGAGUCCUGCAUUUUUCGUAGAAUUGGCCACUCCAACUAGCCAUUUGGUUAGAGAAAUGGCUAGUGGAUUGGUUAGAAUUGCACUAGAAGCAGACAAGAGAACUGGAAAAAAAGCAGUGAAAUUGUUAGAAGAGCCAAUUUGGAGAACAUAUUGUAAUGGGAGAAAAUGUGGCUAUGGAAUGAAAAGAGAAUGUGGGCCUGAGGAAUGGAAGAUUUUGAACUCAAUUGGGCCAGUUUCAAUGGGAGCUGGAGUUUUGCCAAGUGAUGGAGAUGGAAUUGGGUCAGAAGGUGAAUUAAUGUAUAUGAGGGCUAAAUUUGAAAGAGUUGUAGGGUCUAAAGAUUCUGAAGCUUUUUACAUGAUGAAUCCUGAUGGUCAUGGAGGUCCUGAACUUAGCCUUUAUUUGCUUAGGGUUUAAAGUUUUAUUUCGUCUAUAAUGGUGAUAUCUGGACCAACUUGCGCACCUCUAACUAUUUCACUGAAUAUGCACCACUACGUAUGUCGACUAUUUUACCGAGUAUCUGCCUUGCCUGAGUUCUAUUAUUCAAGAGUUCCUUAUUUUGGUGUCUUGAAAUUUAAAUAUACUAUGUAUUAGUGUAUGAUCAUAAGUUCUUAUGAACAUAUAAGAGGUUAGUCCUAUGUGUACUAGUACUAGUUUUUUUGUUGUUGCUUAUUAUAAUGAUUUUGGAAGGGGGAAAAUGGGUAUAAUUAUGUAUUUUGGUUCGUUUAUGUAUUAUGAGGAAAUGAGGGAUAUGAACUAUGUAUAGAGUAUGUUUGUAGUUUUGUUGAAAUGAAAGAAAAUGCAAAAACUUUGUAUUUCUUUC